AAAAUAACUUGGGAGAAGCUGCUCACAGGCAUCUGAAUUUGAAUGACCCUGCAUGUGGAGACUGCCUUCAUCUUAUUUUGAAAAGAUCGCUGGAAGACUGUUUUCCCCUCUACUUAUCUUCUCCAGACACAGACGGGCACGCACGCACUCACGCACGCACAAAUGCACGCACGCACCACGCAUGCGCACACACAGUUUCUGUUCCUUCAAGAAGAACCUACCGAGCCAGGCACUUCAGGAUCCUAGAGGCUCCUUCUGCAGCUGCCCGGCCCCAGGAUGGUGACGAUGCUCGUGCUGCUUUCCACGCUGGCAGGCCUUGUUGCAGAGGCUGAGGGAGCAGUGCACUUCGGGAAGUGCCCGAGCCCCCCGGUGCAGGAGAAUUUUGACGUGAACAAGUAUCUUGGAAGAUGGUUCGAAAUUGAGAAGAUCCCCGUGAGCUUUGAGAAAGGAAACUGUAUCCAGGCCAACUACUCACUAAAGGAAAACGGAAAUAUCAAAGUGCUCAACCAGGAGUUGAGACUGGAUGGAACCGUGAACCAAAUUGAAGGUGAAGCCACCCUGACCAACAUCACGGAGCCCGCCAAACUAGGAGUUAAGUUUUUCCAGCUGAUGCCAUCAGCACCGUAUUGGGUCCUGGCCACCGACUACGACAACUAUGCCCUCGUCUACUCCUGUACCAACAUCGUCUGGUUUUUCCAUGUUGACCACGUUUGGAUCUUGGGAAGAAACCGUUAUCUGCCCCCAGAAACAGUGACCUACCUAAAAGAUAUCCUGACUUCUAACAGCAUUGACAUCAAGAAAAUGACCAUCACAGAUCAGGCGAACUGCCCCGACUUGCUGUAAGGAGGCUCUAGGGCGUGGCAGCAGCCACCCUGUCACUUCCUCUGCUUUGCUUUCCCCGCCUGGCCCACACCUCCUAAAGACACAGAACCACCCAUGAUGACAGCUGCAAACACCGGCAGGGGAGUUCGCAGAAGCCACUGGAGGGGCACUCGAGGAAAGCUGGCCCAACACUUAGCCUCUGCUCACCCUGCCACCUUGCCACCAACAAUAAACAUGUUGUGACCUUU